AUGCCUUUUCAUUUGCCGCACAAGAAGCUACUGGAGAAAAUUGAAUAUGUAAGAAAGGAACCUGAACCUUUGACGGGAUUCGCAGCCGCUCAAGAGAAUCGAUUAAAAAAAGAACGAAAGUCAGGAACUUUACUGCCUCUAGGAUUUCAUGUAGAAGACAUAGAAACAGAGAGUACUAGUGUUAGUGGUACCAAGAAGAAACGGAAACUCAUGAUUCAGGAUUCGAACAAAAGUUUGAAUGAGACCGAAUGGCACACUAAUGACCCCCUGAAAGUUAAACCACCGGUGGCAUCUCAAACAGACGUGAUUAACCACGUGAGGAACAACCCGUCUUGCGGUUUCCUGUACAUGAUAUAUGCUGUCGACCCACAGAACGUUUAUUUUACUCCUUAUUACCUCCAAGUCGUGCCUUAUGAGAACAUUGACAAACGAAAUUAUUUUACAAUUAGUCCGUGUGGGGUCACACACUACUCCAAUGAGAUGGUCUUUACAAAACUUCCUGCUUGGGAACAAGAGUAUACCAUUUUUGUUAAGCUAACUGAUAUUAGGUUUUUUAAACUAUAUAGAUAUUGGAAAGCAUUUUAUGUUUGGAAGAAGUCUAUCAUGUUUAGAAAAUAUACUAAGAUACGUAAUAAGUUGGCAAAGAACCUUUUCAUCUUGACGCCAGUCCUAGGCAAGGCACUGCUUAGCAUACAGGCGAUGUGUUGUGAGAUGUACUCAAAAACAUUUGCUGAUUUGUCCAGAGAUAUGGAUACUGCAUUCUUCUACUUCAUCGAAGAUCAGAUGAAACAAAUCGAAUAUAUUAGAGAGAAGUUAUUGGAAUACCGCACUGUGGUUCUGGAUGUGAUCACCCAAUCUUGUCACACAGCUCUUUACCAGCAAGGGUUCGUGUAUGAUGACAGAAAUAUCCCACCCUUCCAAAUCAUCAGAGGUAAACCCACAGGAGGAAUGUCCUACACAGAGAAAGCCAAUAAAAGAAAAUACUGCGAAAGAUUAGCGUGUUUCAUAAAGUUGGCGGAUUAUAUGACGAACUACAUGCUGUAUCGCUUAACAAAACGAUCAAACAAAAUGAUGUCGGAUAUGCUCCGCACUCAUAUUAAUUUCACUCCACCUCUAUCGCUUUUGGAGGGAAACAAUGUGGAAGAGGUACUAGAAGAAUUGCCACGUGUCACAGAAACGUGCAAGUGGGCUUUGUUCCAAGUAGAUGCUUACAUUUUACCAUCUGGUGAGAUGGAAUUAAAUCCCAGCGAGAAAGUAGUGACAACUUAUAUUGAAAAAAUUACGAGCUACUGGGAGGAGUACGUGCGCACAUUCCAUAAUUUCUUAAACGAUGAAACGCUGCAAAUAUUUGUUCAGCCCACGAUAAUGGGGAAACCUGUAGACUGGUCAGCCGGAGUGUCGCCGAAUUUGUACUUCCUCAUGAAUCAAGACAAAGAUAUGUUGGAUGAUCUAGCAUACAUACCUUAUGCUAUUAAAUAUGCAUAUGAGGUCGUAUGGAUCUUCCUGGCUCGUUUUCAACCGUACAAAGAUGAUUAUAGUAAAUCUUGUGCAAUCGACAUUAAUAUCAUCAAGCAGGAAACAGACGUAUUCAAGUUUAAAGAAAUGUGUAACGAGUUUGUUAAACAAAUGGAAUCUAUAGAAAAUGUAUUGUGCUACCAACCCUUGGGUCUGCUGUUUUUGUGUCUAAGUCCCUUCCAAGAACUAUUCAGACCGCAACCGAGGAAACUUUUUGACGUUGUGGCUCUUACCACACCUGAGAUCGGUCACGCCUGCAUAGAAGAAAUAGUUCAAGGAAUUGAAAAUAUUAACAACGAUAUCAUUAAAGAACCUGAAACUGCUGCAGAACUGGUUGCCUUUAACUUUAUGAUGGAUGGUCUGGAAGCCCGUGUUGCAUACCUGGAAGAAAGGCUAGAGUAUCUUCGAGAACUUUACGAUACUAUGGGAGAAUUUAAUAUACCGAUAUCGCCUGAUGACAUGACUGAAUACUUAGGGUUGAGUGUGGCAUUGGGAACUCUUCGGACUAAUGUUGACGCACGACUCGAGACACGAAAUAAGUUGGCAGGACUAUUUGCAAGUCAAAUUGGCAAGGAUAUUAUGGAUCUGAUGUUGGAUGUUAACAAACUGAGGGAGGAAGUUGCGCAACCGUGGUUCUACGACGAAAAAUCAGAGACAGAUAAAGUAUUGGCAGCCUUACAAGAGUUACAACAGAAGCUCAAUGCGUGCUCAGCAAGGGAGAAGCAAAUACGAGAAUGGCAGAAAAUAUUCAAGAUACCGCCAGCUCGACUGGAACAAUUAGAUGAAGCAGUCAACGAUGUUAAACUUAGACAGCUAUUGUGGCAAUCUUCUAAGGAAUGGAACGACACGUAUAAGCAUUGGUGUGAAUGUCCAUUCAACAAAUUAGACGUUGAUGAAAUUCAAACAAUCACUGUCAACUUUGGUAAGGUAUUUAACCAACUGGAUAAAGGUAUCCCUCCAAACAAAAUCGUGCCAAAAUGCAAGGCAACUGUAGACAUCAUUAAAGAAAAGCUUCCUGUUAUAUCGUAUCUCCGAAACCCAGCCCUGAAGCCACGGCAUUGGGUGAAAAUCGAAGAAAUUCUUCACACACGAUUCACGCCAAAUAUGGAACUAACAUUGCAAGUAUUCGAGGAUUUACACGCUUUCCAACAUGCUGAAGAACUGAUGGAAGUGGCUGGACAAGCGAGCUCUGAAGCUGGGCUGGAAGCAUUACUUAAGAAGGUUGAAGAAAUGUGGGCAUCUCUGGAGUUCCCUGUAAUAUUACACAAGGACGCGAAAGAUGUAUACGUGCUUGGCGGUCUCGAGGAAAUCCAGGCGUGUGUUGAUGAAAGCAACAUUCACAUCAGCACUAUACUCAGCUCCCGCAACUGUGGACCGAUCAAAAGUAGGGUUGAAGAAUGGGAUAGAAACUUGGAACUGUUCUCCAAAACCCUGGAAGAAUGGUAUACCUGCCAACAAACUUGGAUGUAUUUAGAGGUGAUAUUUAGUGCUCCCGAUAUUCAGAGACAGUUGCCUAAUGAAACAAGACUGUUCACUAUGGUAGACAAGUCCUGGAAGGACAUCAUGCGUAAAUUAGCCAAGGUACCUUUGGCGAUGCCAGCAACCACUCAGCCUAAGCUUUACGAAGAAUUUGUUAAAAAUAAUGAAAUGCUUGAUCAAAUCAUGAAAUGUCUCGAAGCCUAUUUAGAGACUAAACGUGUGGCUUUUCCAAGAUUCUUCUUUUUGUCUAACGAUGAACUGUUAGAGAUUUUAGCUCAGACACGUAACCCGCAUGCUGUACAACCACAUUUACGUAAAUGCUUCGACGCUAUCGCUAAACUGGAAUUUGGCGUGAAGCUAUCGGAAAGCGAGCUGAUUAUAACAGACGAAGGUGGACUUGCGGAAAGAGAAAUGUCGUUCAUGGCAAGGGACUUGCUCCAAGCUAAACUAGCUAAGACUGCUAAGCCAGAGGAUCUAACUACAGAUAUUGUAGCCAUGCUGUCACCUGAAGGAGAAAGAGUUAAUCUGGGCAAGGGCCUCAAAGCGCGUGGAAACGUAGAAGACUGGCUUGGCAAAGUUGAGGAAGCAAUGUUUGCGUCAGUUAAGAGAUGCAUGAAACACGCACUCAAAGACUUCCAGCUACGCCCAAGAGUAAAAUGGGUCCAAUUGCAUCCUAAUCAGAUUAUUCUGGCAGUAUCCCAAGUGAUGUGGGCCAAAGGAGUACACGAAAUAUUCGAUUUAGGAAUCCCCCUCCGCAUUGAUACUGGCCUAAUAGAUUAUGAAAAGAAGUGUGUAUCGGAUUUAAAUGACUUGGCAGCGCUCACACGAGCUGAUAUCAAUCCUUUGUUCAGAAAAGUUCUCUGCGCCCUUAUCACUGUAGAUGUGCAUGCAAGAGAUACUAUUACGCAUAUGGUCCAGAAACAUGUUCAACGAGCGGUGGAUUUCGAAUGGUUAAAAAUGAUUCGUUACUAUUGGGAAGAAGAUAUAGACAAUUGUGUAGCUAGAAUGUCAAGUGCUAUGUAUGUUUAUGGACAUGAAUAUUUGGGAGCAGCAGGUGUGCUUGUGAUAACGCCAUUGACUGAUCGCUGUUACUUGUGUCUCAUGGGAGCAUUACAAUUGGAUUUGGGAGGAGCUCCGGCCGGACCAGCGGGCACGGGGAAAACAGAAACCACCAAAGAUAUGGCCAAGGCUGUCGCUAUACAGUGCGUUGUGUUCAACUGUUCUGAAGGUAUACUGAACAUCUAA